AGAAAAUUAUAAAUACACACAAAGUUACUCUUUUGACGUAGAUACAUACAGCGAGCUAGCUUGAGACUGCAACUGUUCGAGAGUUAAAAGAAAAGAGAGAAAGUAAUAAUUAUUAAACAUCUAAGAGAUAUUAAAAACUCUCUUGAAGAAGCAAUGACUAUUGCUUGUCUUUCUCAAAAAUAUCACGCUGUCAUAUUUAUGAGUCAACAUCACGAUUGCACCGGUUGACUUUAUAUACCACGUGGUACUACAGGUAUCAUGCAAGAUCGAAAGAUAUCGGGAAUCGUCCGCCUGUAUUCUCGGCGAUCGUAAAAUCAUCAUUUCGUUCAAAAGUAAUAAUUGCGAUGGGAUUCGCGUCGAAUGCGACCGACUCGAUAUUUGACCUCGAUUAUCUGGAUCAUUAUUCGAACCCAAGGAAUGCGUCGUCGGUGGAGGCGAAACUGAACCUGCCGUACACCGUCUGCGAGAUUCUAGUGGCGAUCUGCGCCGUCCUCGGCAACGGCCUGGUCAUCAUCGUAUUCGGCAAAGAACGAAAGCUACGCAGACGUACGAAUUAUUAUAUCAUCUCGCUAGCGGCGGCCGAUCUUCUCGUCGGUCUGUUCGCGAUCCCGUUCGCCAUCCUCGCCAGCAUCGGUCUACCGACGAAUCUACACGCCUGCCUGUUCACCGUAUCGGUCCUCAUCGUACUCUGCACCAUCAGCAUCUUUUGCUUGGUGGCGGUGUCCGUCGAUCGUUACUGGGCGAUACUGCAUCCAAUGGGAUAUUCGCGCACUGUACGCACCAAAACUGCCAUAGGUAUAAUAUGCGUAUGUUGGAUAGCGGGCACUUUAGUGGGGUUCCUGCCGUUGUUCGGAUGGAACGCCGGCGAGACGAGCGAUCACAGAUGUAUUUUCACGAAAGUUAUGGAUUACGACUACCUCGUGUUCCUAUACUUCGCCACAAUAAUCUUUCCCGCCUUGCUAAUCGCUGCGUUCUACGCUCAUAUAUAUCGGGUGAUCGUAAAGCAGCUACAGCAAAUAGUCACGGUGGACUCCAGCGGGGGUGGUGCCUUUCGCCGUCUCGGUGGUCUACGUCUCGGCGGGAGUCAUCAAACUACGGGGACGAUGCUGCGUGUGCUCGGCGCGGCGCGCAAAAGGGAGGUCAAGGCUACGCAGAAUCUCUCGCGUAUCGUUCUCUUCUUCAUCGUCUGCUGGUUCCCGCUGUACACGAUAAACUGCGUGAAGGCCUUCUGCCCCAAAUGCGAGGUGAACGAUCUCCUAAUGAAUUUCUGCAUCAUCCUCUCGCACAUCAAUUCGGUCGGCAAUCCGCUUCUCUACGCCUAUCAUCUCAAGGAUUUUCGCAUCGCCCUCAAGAAUUUCGUCUGGCGAUUGCUCUUCCCGCACAGCGACGUCAAAUCGAGCGUAAUCAGCGUAAUUUACGAUCGCGGAUCCCUCGUCGGUUCGCAGAGGCAGCUUCAGGCUCACCGGCUUAACGAUUUCCCUCAAUCAAGGAGUCAAAGAUCGAGUUUGUUACGUCAGGUAAUCGACAAUAAGAGGACAGGCAGCACACGUUCCGAAAGACACGUGUUAUCAAUGCAAGAAAAAGAGACACGUCAAAAUGUUGAUAGCAACAUCAUGAACGAAGCUACGGUCAUAAUUAACAAUUCUGCACCGGCGAAUGAGCGAUUGAGCGAGGAAGAGGUGGCCAGCGAGGGUGACGCGAGCGUCCGCGAGAUCUCAUCCUCGAUGGAACUACAAACGUAUAAAUCGCUAUUGCCCCUCUUGCCCGCGCAGGAAGACAGAAUAGAGGAAACGCCACCCGCAUCGAUUUUCAUGAUCGAGGUCGAUGUGCUAAAUCACGCCGCACCCGAUUAUCUUCUUGUUCUAGAGAGAUCUCGAGAUAGAAUUGAUAUAACAGGCGGGAUAACCGUAUAUAGAAUAAUAUAAGUAAACGUGAAACUAUGAGAUACUUGAAAGCUUUAAAAAGACAACAAAAAAUAGAACAUUUUUUUUUUAUUUUUUAUUCAUUAGUCUUUUUAUCAAAUUAUUGUCAUUUUCUAUUUUAAUCAUUGUUUCACUAGAAGUGCCAUAUGUUACAUAUGUAAGUUUACAUUAAAAUAAAUUAUGUUUAAAUAAAAUAAUAGUGAUACUCGGUCUGCAUCUAAACAAAGUGAUAAAUGUGAUACAUCUAUAACUUUUUUUAAAUCAUAGAUUGUAAAUAAAAAAUUAAAAUAAAUUAGAAUAGAUAUUUAAAAAUUUGUGGAAAUAAUAUCUUAGGAUGUAUUCUAGAAUGUUUUGAGCAUCUUAAGCAAGGAUGAUAAUAUAUCGUGUGCGGAAUUCACGAAGGAAUGCAGAAUAAUAAAUAUACUGACAAUGAGAAAAACAAUAUACUUAAUAUUGUACAAAAUAAAACAAUAUACGUGUGAUUAUGAUAUUUAUUCAUGUCUACAUAUUCUCAAAGUAGAACUUGCACGAUGUUUGUACAAUAUUUGCGUAUUAUAUUGUUUGCUAUAACUAGAUUAUCAUGCAAUUUCUCUUGGUUUCUUUUGCACUUUUACAUUCUCUAUAAAAGUAUUUAAUUUAUAGGCACAUUUGGUAAAUGUGAUGAUAUUAACAUUUUUUUAAGACUUGAAAUUAUAUUUUUAUGAAAAAUAAUAUAAAUAUUGAGAUAAAAUAUUAUUCUUGUUUUUGUUAUUAAAAAAUAAUAAAUUGGCAAAAUAUAUUUUGAAAUUAGAAUAAAUAACAAUAUUUGACAUCAAAUUUUAUUUGAGAGAGAGAGAGAUAUAAUUAAAAUUUUAUAAGAAUAAGCAAUUUAAUUAAAUUUUUUUGAUACAGAAAAAAGUUAGUUUCAGUUCUCAGUGAGUUUUUCCUUGUCCAUUAAAUACGUUUGUGUUCUCAAGAGCUUUAAAUACAUUUUUUUAAGCAGUUUAUUGUUAAUGAAAAUUGCGAUUUAGUUAGAUAGAGUUAAGUGAUUAAUGUUAAAUAAAUAUAGGACAAUUAAUUGUA